UGCCGUCGGAGGCUUGCUCGGUGCCUGGAUGACCUCUGGACAGUUCAAGCCCAUCCCUCAGAUUAUCAUGGAACUGCCUCCCAUCGAGCAGCAGCGGCUUUACGAUGAUGCCUACGCCAUCAUUGGCAAUUUAGACUGGACUGACAUGGCCCAGCUGACGGCCCUGGUUAUGGGGAAUGCAGCUGUGCAACAGAAAUUGCUAGGUGGGCUGAUGAGCUAUCUCACAAACGAGCUCCGGGCAGAGAUCCGGUAUGGAGACUAGAUUCUUCCAAGAUGUCCUGCGUGGACUUACUCUUUUUAUAUAGUGAAGAAACUUUUAACCUAUCA